AUGGCGCUCUCCAAGAUUCAGCAGUACUUGCACGUCGAGUAUCAGCCAGGAGAACGAAAGCUCAUUCAAAAGAUCGACUUCUUCAUUCUUACAUUUUGUUGUUUGAGUUAUCUGGUGAACUAUCUUGACCGGACAAACUUGAACAAUGCCUACGUCUCUGGUAUGAAAGAAGAGAUCGGCUUCGUCGGAGACCAGCUCAAUCAAAUCAAUACCUGCUUUACUGUCGGAUACGUCAUCGGACAAAUCCCCUCCAACCUGUCUCUGCACUAUGUGAAACCACGCUUCUGGUUCCCGCUGAUGAUGAUCAUCUGGGGCGGUCUCACCAUGUGUACUGCCAGUGUGCACAGCCCAAAGUCUAUUAUGGCCAUCAGAUUCUUCCAAGGCAUUGCCGAAGCCUCAACCUUCGUCGGGACUCACUACAUUCUCGGCGCGUGGUACACCGAACGAGAGCUUGGGAAACGAAGUGGUAUCUUCACCGCCUCGGGACUCGCUGGCACCUUCUUCGGCGGCUUCAUCCAGACCGGCAUCCACAGCAGCAUGGACGGCCUCCACGGCCUCAGCGGAUGGCGAUGGCUGUUCAUCAUUGAUGGCUUGAUGACGAUUCCAGUCGCCAUCUACGGCUUCGUCUUCUUCCCCGACACGCCCCACACAACCAGUGCUUUCUACCUCACCGCCGAGGAGAAAGCCCUCGCCGCAUCGCGCGUACCCGAGAUCCAGGAGAAGUCGCCCCUCACAUUCCGCUUCGCGAAGAAGGUCCUCACCUCGUGGUACUGGUGGGGCUUCGUCAUGCUCUGGAUCAUCGCCGGCGAGACCGAGUCCUUCAGCACAAACUCCCUGUUGGGCCUCUACAUGAAGAGCCACCCGGUCAACAAGUACACCGUCGCCCAGCUCAACAACUACCCGACCGGCGUGCCCGCCGUGGGCAUCGUCUCCACGCUCUUCUGGGCGACGCUCACCGACUUCCUCGGCGGCAAGCGGUACCUGGUCGCCUUCUUCAUCGGUGUCACCGGUAUCGCGACUUCCGUCAUGAUUCUCGUCGCGUCCAAGGACCCGACCAGCGCGAAUUCCACGUCCGUGGUCUUUGGCGCUUACUACUGGGCCGGAGCGGUCUACGCCUGCCAGGCGACUUUCUUCGCGUGGUGCAAUGACGCGAUGAGGUACGAAGAGGGCGUGUUCCGUGGUGUGGUGUUGGCGGGUAUGAACCUGGGAAGCAAUGCCAUCAACGCCUGGUGGAGCAUCGUUUUCUACGGUGCAUCGAUGGCGCCAUGGUUCACGAGGGGCAUGUGGGCCAUGAUCGCCAGCUCUAUCGCUCUGAUCGUGUGGACCAGCGGGCUCACCUUCUUGGCGCACAGAGAGGAUAAGCGGAGGGUUCUGGAGGCCCAGGAGACGGUGUCUGUUACCAAGGGAACGGAUGGAAAGGAUGAUAAUGUUUAA